AUGGCGGGCAUCUGGAAGUUAGCAGGACCUCUGUCAACUGUAGCUGCUGGUGCUGGUGGCAUUUUCCUGCUGAGAAAUUACUUCGCUGGAGGAGUUUGUAAUUGUAAAGAGAAACUAAAUGGUAAGACAGUAAUCGUCACUGGGGCAAACACAGGAAUCGGGCGAGAAACAGCCUUAGAUCUCGCCCGAAGGGGCGCCCGUGUAAUCCUAGCUUGCCGAGACCUCGACAAGGCAAACACUGCUGCUAAAGAAAUACGAAAAACAACAGGAAAUGACAAGGUAUUCGUGAAAGUGCUCGAUCUUGCGUCGCUUAAGUCAGUGAGAAAAUUCGCGGAGGAAUUCCAUCAAACUGAAGAUCGACUAGACAUCCUUAUCAAUAAUGCAGGCAUCAUGCGUUGUCCAUAUUGGAAAACAGAAGAUGGCUUUGAGAUGCAACUCGGCGUCAAUCACUUGGGCCACUUCCUUCUGACAAAUCUCCUGUUAGACAUGCUGGAAAGAUCACAACCAAGUCGCAUCAUUAAUGUCAGUUCUCUAGCGCACGUGAGAGGGAAGAUUCGCUUUGAUGAUUUGCAAAGCGAACAAGAGUACAGCCCAAGUUCCGCCUACUCACAGAGUAAACUUGCUAAUGUCUUGUUCACUCGCGAAUUGAGCAAACGCCUGGAAGAUACCGAUAUUUUAGUCGCUGCUGUACACCCUGGUGUUGUGAAAACCGAAUUAACUCGUCAUACAACUUUUGCGAAGUCCAAAAUCGCGUCUUUGACUCUGGCUCCGCUUGCGUGGUUGUUUUUCAAGACUUCUCUUCAGGGAGCACAAACAACAAUUUUUUGUGCUGUAGCAGAUGAUGUUGAGUCUGGACUGUACUACAGUGACUGCAAGCCUAAGGAACCAGCUGAUCAGGGAAAAGAUGAUAGAGCAGCUAAAAAGCUGUGGGAAGUUAGCGCAGAUUUGGUUGGUCUAGAAAAAACUAUUUGA